ACCGGUAUGGUCAAGAAGCGUGUCCUGUCGCCGGCGCCGCUGCUGGACCCGAAGCUGCUGCCCGAGUUCCUCGAGGCCCAUGGCAUGAAGCAGGUGCAUGCGCAGAAGAUCUGGAAGUACAUUGCGUCGCAGGUCCAGGCGCAGAACGCCAACGUCUCGAUCCGCGACAUCCCGCAGCUCCCGAAGGAGCUCUACCCGCUCCUCGAAGCCAACUUUCGCAUCUUCUCGACGACGAUCGCCGAGAAGCACGUGUCGCGCGAUGGCACUGUGAAGCUCCUCGUGACGCUUCAGGAUGGCCACAACGUCGAGGCCGUCAUCAUGAAGCACUCGGGCCGCAACACGCUCUGCGUCUCGAGCCAGGUGGGCUGUCAAAUGGGCUGCACCUUUUGCGCGACGGGCACCAUGGGCAUCAUUGCCGACUUGGCGGCCGGCGAGAUCCUCGAGCAGCUCGCGCACGCGUUCUGCGUCGCGCCGAUCCGCAACGUGGUGUUCAUGGGCAUGGGCGAGCCGCUCAACAACUACGACGCAGUCCUUGGCGCGAUCAAGGCCAUGACGUCUGUGUUUGGCCUCGCGCCCAAGUACAUUACGCUCUCGACGGUCGGUGUCAUCCACCGCAUUCGCCAGCUCAAGGAGGAUGCGCCGCUGGUCCGCCUUGCGCUCUCGCUGCACGCGCCGACGCAGGAGAUCCGCGUCAAGAUUGUACCGACGGCCAAGGCAUACCCACUCGAUAAGCUCAUGGCAGCCAUCGACGACCACCUCAAGGACCGCGAGAACCGCAUGGUCAUGAUGGAAUACAUCAUGCUGCGCGGCGUCAACGACGCACUCGAGACCGCGCACGACCUCGGUCGGCUGCUUGCUGGUCGGUCGGUGCACGUCAACUUGAUCCCGUACAAUGCGACCGACGUCGACGCCGAGUAUCAGUCGCCGACGAAGGAAGAGAUCAUGGCCUUCCACGGCAUCCUCCGCACGGAGUACAACAUCAAGGUCACGGUGCGCGAGAACCAUGGCAUGGACAUUGACGGCGCGUGCGGCCAGCUCGCGGUCAAGAAGCUCGACGACGCGCUCCCCAAGACCAACAAGAAGCCGGUCCAGCGCGAUAUCGAAGACCUCGGUGCCACGUCCCGUGCGCCCAAGAGCGGCGCGGGCAAGAAGGCGUCGACGCGGGGCAUUCCAACGCCGCCGGCCACCAACGGCGUCCCGACGUCGCUCCUUGUGGCCGCCGCCGCCUUGGUGCUGCUGCCAGCGGUCGCGUACGUGCUGCGCAAGCGGCUGUAAAUGCUCCUUGAAUACUACACUAUCAUGCGCAUGGAUA